AUGGCUGACAUACCCAAUUCCACCGAAGAUCAACAAGCAGCACGCGUGAUAUCGAGACACCUACCGUCGGGAUAUACGGCCGGUCUAGAUGGGGAGACCGACGGACAAGAUGCCCCCGGUGAAUCGGCGGAGCCCGAAGCAGAAUCAUCUCUAAAACUCCACGGGGGAGACAUACACCGGGACCUGUACAAAAUUCACCGGCGAGGAAAACUACAACAACGUGCCGCCACAUUCUCUCACCCCAACGAGCCGUCCCCUGCGUUUGCCAACAAUCUAUCGGUAGCUGAGCAAUUGGCUCCUGGAGGAUUUCGGCGAGAAUUUGUUCAAAAGAAACACGGCCGUUUCAACCCGGCGGUUAUCCCCAUAACCAAGAACUUUGUCGAAUUUCUUUCUCUCUAUGGAAGCUUUGCGGGAGAAGACCUUCAGGAUUCAGAAGAUGAAUCGGCACUGGAGGAUCUCGAAGAUGAGGAAGGCCGCCCCGCCACGGAAACCAGGCCGCUUCUGGGCCCAGGGCGGUCGAGAGCCGGCGUGAAAAAGGGAGAUGCGAGCAUGAGCAAAACCUUCUUCACCCUGCUCAAGGCUUUCAUUGGAACGGGUAUCAUGUUCUUACCCAAGGCAUUCAACAAUGGCGGCAUCUUGUUCUCCUCGAUCACGCUGCUGACGGUUUCCAUCGUCACCACGAUCGCAUUCCACCUUCUGUUGCAGUGUCGGCAAGCGCAUGGGAAGAACGGUUAUGGCGAACUUGGUGAAGCCAUUGGUGGUUGGCGAAUGAGAGCGAUCAUUCUCGGAUCGGUCACCAUCUCACAGCUGGGAUUUGUGUGUGCGGGUACCGUCUUCGUGGCUCAAAACCUGUACUCGGCUCUGGACGCCGUCAGUCAAGGCGGGAAUCCCUUGUCCGCCAACAUUUUGAUUGCAUUGCAGUUGGUGGUCCUGAUUCCACUCGCUUUCAUCCGAAAUAUCUCCAAACUGGGUCCGGCGGCAUUGGUAGCCGAUAUCUUCAUUCUCCUGGGAAUCAGCUACAUCUUCUACUACGACAUUGCCAGUCUGGCCCACCAUGGGAUUGAUGACACGGUUCAAUUGUUCAAUCCUCAGCAGUAUACCCUGACGAUCGGGGCCGCCAUCUUCACCUUUGAGGGUAUCGGUCUCAUCCUCCCGAUUCAAUCAUCCAUGAAACACCCGGAGAAAUUCGAACCGCUUCUCUGGGUCAUCAUGCUCAUCAUCACCAUCAUCUUCACGUCGGUGGGGGUCCUGUGUUACGCCACCUUCGGCGCCGCCACCAAGAUCGAAGUCAUAUCCAACUUCCCUCAAGACAAUAAAUUCGUCAAUGCCGUGCAGUUUCUGUAUGCCCUGGCCGUAAUGGCUGGUACGCCCGUGCAACUCUUCCCCGCGCUGCGGAUCCUAGAGGGGAAAAUCUUCGGUCGUCGCUCCGGCAAAAUCAACACUUUCACCAAAUGGAAGAAGAACGGAUUUCGAACCGUUCUUAUGGCUCUGUGUGCCUUGGUCUCCAUCUUGGGCGCCAGCAACCUGGACCGAUUCGUGGCAUUGAUCGGAUCAUUCGCUUGCGUGCCCCUGGUGUACAUUUAUCCCCCCUGGCUGCAUUACAAAGGCGUCGCGCGAUCCAAAUGGGCCAAGGGAGGCGAUAUGGCAUUGAUGAUAUUGGGAAUAGUGUGCAUGGUCUACACGACCUGCAUCACUCUUGUCACCAGCUUUAUCCAGUGA